CCUCGUGGAGAACUGACAGUGGAGUAAUUUUUUCGUUCUCUCAAUCGAAUAUGGCGGAAAGUGAAGAAUAUGCGCGAGUAAUAUCGUUUAAUAACGACCAUGAUGAGCUUAUAAUAUAUCAGGAAACUGUAACGGAUGUCGGCGGAGUGAUUUGGGACAGCGCACUGAUGACUAUUCACUAUUUUUUCAAAUACCCAAAACCUUUUGAAGGCAAGAAAGUCUUGGAACUUGGAAGUGGAACUGGUGUUGGAGGAAUCGCUUUGGCCGCACUUGGAGCUGAUGUCAUCAUUACUGACCUGCCAGAAAGACUUGCGUUAAUUGAGAAAAAUGUUGAAGCAAAUCGAAAAUUGACUGGAAAUCGAAUCAAAGUUCAAGUUCUCGACUGGACAAAGGACAGAAUACCGGAAGGACUGGAUAUGGUUCUGGCAAUUGAUUGUGUAUACUACAACAGCACUAUAGAUCCGUUGAUAACCUUGUUGAAUGAUUGUGAUGCAAAGGAAAUUAUGGUGGUCAGCGAGGAAAGGGACAUCGGAGAGGCUCAUUUGGCUCAAAAAUCAUUUUUCAAGGAUAUUCAAAAGUUCUUCCGCCUGGAGCUAAUUCCUCAGAAGGAGCUUGAUGAAGACUAUUGUGCAGACGAUAUAAUUAUAGGAAAACUGAUAAGAAAUGUCUAGUCAUACAUGUAUUGUUAUUUCUUCAUUGAUAAACGUUCCAAUUUCU